AUGACAACCUCCUCUCCCAGUAGAGGCCCCAAGAUGAGGUCCCUAUUGGCUAUGAUAGGAGUUGCCGGACUGGCCGUAAUCGGAUCCACGUUUAUGCCCUCCGCUAAUGCCACCGUGACCCUUGGAGACACCCAUGACACCCCAGGUUCCAUUAUCCUGGGCGGUUUGUCUUCCAUGGUGCCCAAACCCCCUAGCCUAAUGGACCAAUACCUUGUCCCCGGUACGGCCAACAUCACCAACAUCGGCGUCGAGGUCAAUUCUCCUACUCGAUUCAUCGUCCAUGCCGGCGCAAGCCUGAAGAACCCCUUUGGUCCAGUUGCACUCCCACUGGGCCAAGUUGGGUUAACCGUAUCGCUAGAUGGCAACAGCUUGGCCAAUAUCACCACCAGCGAUUUGACUCUCCCAGCAGGAACUGGCCCCAUCAACGUGACAGCCACGGUUGAUAUCGCUGAUGGUUCUACAAACCCUGCGGUCCAGGCUUCGCUCAACAACCUUGUCACAUCGCUUGUCGGUGGAACCACUCCCAGUGGUGAGCCCCCAAAGCUCGUUAUCUCUGGUGUCAAAUUGUCUGGUAUCGACCUUGGUGUUGCCCCUAUUACCGUUCCUACGCAGCUCAAGCCAAAUGGUCCUAUCCAGCCCACCAAUGUUACCGCCGAUACCGCGACCCCACCUGUUGUGGGGUUCAACGACAUCAUCAACCCUAAUGUGACUUUUGCCUGGCCAGUAUUGCAAAAGAUUGUCGUCAAAGCCGUUUCUGGUGCUCAGCUGACAGCCGGUGUGGGAUUCUCUUGGAACAACCCAUUGAACAUUGCUGUUGACAUUCCCUAUAUUUCAAUCGACAUCGGUCUUAAUGGCACACGUGUGGUCACUGUUGGAAUCGAGGCCAUUCACCUGGCACCUGGCAAUAUGACAGCCGAUACGCUCGUUGACCUCAAAUUCAACAAUGACCCUCUCGCCUCUGCUCAACUCGGCGCUUUCGUGAACGACUUCCUUGCAGGCCAGUUGAACCAGGUCGUCAACAUUGGCAACCUCUCCUUUGGUACUCCUGGAGAUGUCUCCGCUACCGGCCAAAUGUUGAACACGCUGUUCAGCGGUGUCAACGUUGAUUUGCCUCUGAAUGGCGUCAGCACCGUCGCUAUUCAGGAAUUGGUGCUGAGUUACAUCAAGCCUUACCUCCCCAUCGAUAUCAGCAAGUUGGGCGGAACGGGCGCAUCGUUGUUGAGUUAUAUCCAGAGCCUGGCCAUCUCAACCGCCCCAGGACAUACAUUGUUGAUCGAUCCAAAGAUUCAGCUCCCGUUCCCCUUCCUGUUGGAUUUGAAUAUUCCUUACUUCGCACUUGACAUCAACUUGGACAACAACCUGCUUGGUCAACUGUUCCUCGCGAACCUGGUCGGCACCGGUCAAGGUCAAAUCUCUGUGUCUGUCGGCGUCGGGAUCGUCUUCAAGGAGCCCAGCCCUCAGAUUCCAGCUAUUGUCGCCAAGUUGGUCAGCGGACUGACAACCGGUUCAUCGCUCGACAUCACGGCCGGCGUGUCUAACCUUGCUAUCGGAGUGUCGCCUGCGGACGCCAUCAACACGCUGAACAAUGUGAACGUUGCGGUACCCAUCUCAUCCGUUAUAACUGGCCAUAUUGAAACUGGAAAUUUGAUCCAGUCCAUCAUUGCUCAAACCAACGUGACGAUCGCGUCGAAUACGGUGGAGGUCAAGGUUGGAACUCUUGCCGCGUUGACCAUUCGUCAGGCCAGCAUCAGCGUCCUCCCUAGCAAUAUGGUUACUGCGGGGGUCACCCUUGACAUGUUUCUCGGCAUUCCCGUCGUGGCAAACAUUGGCUACUUUGGCGUGCAGCUCUCGUUAGAUGGGGCCCAAUUGGCAGGUGUUUCCAUGAACACUGGACUUAACUAUGGCGGUGGAACGGUGCAGAUGGAUGCCGGCAUCGCCAUCUCUGUCGGCACUGGCCCAGCCAUCAGCACCAAUGUCGCCAAUUUAGUGAACGCCAUCAUCGCCAAGAGUCCCGUUAACAGCAAUAUUGGCAUCUCGGGUAUUGUGAUCGGUCAAAGCUCAACGGACCUGAUCAACGCGCUUUCAGGCGUUUCUGUUUCGUUGCCCUUAGGUGGACUGGUUAGCGGAGUCACUCCUCCUUCGCUCCCUUCUAACUUCCUUAACAGCACCCUUGCUCAACUCGGAUUGUCCGUGUCCAAUAUUUCACUCGCCACAAUUCCCAACGCUGGUCUCCGUGUUGGUGCCAAGGCGAUGUUCUCAAAUCCUAUCCCCAUCUCUCUCUCAGUUCCAUACAUCGGCAUCAGCGGUGGCCUUGACAAUAUUGACAUCCUCAACAUCGGAGUUGACAAUCUCGCGCUCCUUUCUGGCGCCAACGCUCUCCAGGCCCAAAUCGACCUGAACUUUAACAACGCCGUGAAUGCUCAGACUAAGGUCGCGACUCUCCUUGGAGAGCUUCUCGGUGGCCAACUUGGAAACACGCCUGAGGCAUUGACGGUGCAUAACCUGCGCAUCGGUUCCUCACCGAGUGACUACUUUGACCUACUGUCUCAAGUCAACAUCGCGGUUCCGUCGAAGGACAUCCUGAGCAAGGCUAAUGCUGAUCUUUUGAUUGGACAGCUGGGGGUCAACAUCACGCAGUUGACCAACAACGUUCUCAGCGGUCUCCAAAUCGGGGCCAUCAACGCAGAUCUCACUACGGCGCCUGUCAUCCAGCUGGGCACCUCUGUCUCUGUGAGCAAUGUUUCCUUGAGUGCCGCGGUCAACAUUGGUUACUUUGGAAUCGAUCUUGCGCUCGAUACCCACGCCUUGGCCCAUGUCGAUGUCCCCUCCAUCUCCAUCACCACCGCCAACAACAAGCUGACCCUCGCUAUUCAGGCUGCUGUUACUAUCCAGGAUUCUCCUCAAAUCCAGACCGACAUCGCUAACUUGGUCGACUACUUCAUGGCCAAUACGACCACCUCGCCUGUCAACAACCUGGUGAUCUCAAAGCCGCUUGUAGGAGCGUCUGUUGCGGACAACAUCCAGACGUUUGCUUUGAUUCAGUAUCCUCUGGCAUUAUCUCCAUUGCUCGCAAAUGCCAGGGUCUUUGUGAACCAGCUUCUUGCCGGAGUUGCUGGUGGAUUGAAUCUCAACAACCUGGCAAUCUCUGGCCUCACUCUCGAUCUCAACGCUCCUCCUGUUAUCAACGUCCAGGGAGGCGUUCAGAUCAAGAACUUGACCUUGCCAGCCGACAUCAAGAUCAGCUACGUUGGUGUGUCUCUUGGACUGGAUAACACACCUUUGGCCAGUCUCACGAUCCCAACGCUUGCAUUGACCUCUGCGAACAACACUCUUUCGCUCAACUUCCAGGCCCUGGUUAACCUCCAGCAGGGACCUGAUCUCAGUGCUCAAAUCGGAAAUUUGGUCGGCUCGCUCCUGUAUCCUGGCAAGGUCACUCCGCCUACGGCUUUGGUGAUCUCGAACCCAGUCUUUGGAGGGGAUGCCAACCAUCUCUUCCACAUUCUCUCGCAGAUCAAGGUGAAUGUUGCUCUUGCGCCUUACUUGCAGGCCAUUAGCGGUAUUGUUAACGGAACGGUGUCCAACAGUGGCAACCUGCUGGCUGGUCUCGACAUUGGCUCCCUCGUCGUGGAUCUCAACUCGCCACAGAACAUUGGCAUCGAUGCUGCUAUCUCUCUCAAGAACAUCACUAUCCCAGCUGAGAUCAAACUCAAUUACGUGGGUGUGAAUGUUGCCAUUGACACUGUUGGUUUGGCUCAGAUCUCGGUUCCUUCGUUCACACUCAAGCCCGCUGACGGCGCCCUGGCUAUCACUGCCCACGUCGACGUUGCUCUGCUGACCAGUGACGGGCUGACGACCGCUAUCUCCAAUCUUAUCACUGGUGUGCUCAACAAUCAAACGACCCCUGCCACCAAUAUUGUUAUCUCAGGCGCUGUCUUUGGCGGAUCGGCCAACAACGUCUUCACGAUCCUGCAGGGCAUCGCCAUCCCGAUCAAUAUUGCUCCUUAUAUCAACAUGAUCCCUGCCCUCCUCGCUGGCCAAGGAUCGCUCCUAAGCCGUGUUGCUAUUGGUGCUCUGGUCGUUGAUCUGAACACACCUCAAACAAUUGGCGUCGAUACCUCUGUCUCAAUCAAGAACGUUACGCUUCCUGCUCAGAUCAAGUUGAACUACGUUAGCGCCAAUGUUGCCAUCGGUGAAGUGCCUCUGGUUCAGCUCGGCAUCCCUCAGUUCACCAUGACUCCCAACAACGGCAACCUGGACAUUGCUCUCCAUAUCAACCUCGCCAUGCAGGAGAGCACUGGCUUGACCCAGACCAUCAAUGGCCUCGCACAAGCGGUGUUGGCUGGUCAGCAAUUGCCGAGCACCACACUUGUAAUCUCGGGAGCAGCCUUUGGUGGGUCGCCUACCAGCGUCUUUACGUUCUUGCAGGGCGUCAAGAUUCCGUUGGAUGUCACUGCCUACUUGAAUAAGGCCCUCGGCAUGGUCAACGUCCCCGGUGCCUCUUCGUUGUUGAGCAGCAUUGGCAUCUCAGAUUUGGUUGUCGAUUUGAACUCGCCCCAAGUUAUUGGCAUUGAUGCCUCAGUCCUCGUCAAGAACGUCACCUUGCCUGCUCAGAUCAAAUUGAACUAUGUCGGUGCCAAUGUCGCUAUCAAUUCCAUUCCUUUGGCACAGGUUGCUAUCCCCACGUUUACACUGGCUCCUCAAGGCAAUGAUUUGGCGCUGAAGGUCCACAUUAACUUGGCCCUGUUGAGCAGCCCAGAGCUGUCGAGCGCUAUCUCUGGAUUAAUCGGCGGCAUCCUCGGAAACCAGACGCUACCCCAGACCAACUUGGUACUUUCUGGCGCGGCCUUUGGUGCUUCAUCCACCAACUACUUCACAUUCCUGCAGGGUGUUGUCAUCCCCGUCAACAUCUCGCCUUACAUCACCCAGAUUGCGGGUAUGGCUGGCGGCGCUGGGUCGAUCUUGAAUGGCCUGGGUCUCUCUGGUUUGGCCAUCAACCUCAACCAGGCUCCCGUCAUCGGCAUCGACGCCAACAUUGCUGUUCGUAACCUUACUCUGCCUGCCAAGCUCAACGUUGGCUACUUUGGCCUCAAUGUGGGCAUCAACAAUGUUCCACUGGUCAAUGUCGCUAUCCCCAAGCUCGAGCUUGGCUCAAGCGGCUCUGAUCUUACUAUCGGAACUCACAUCGAUGCCACCCUGCAGGAGACAGACGCCUCGCAGACUCUUGUCGCUGGACUGGUUAACGAAGUUGUUGCUGGUCGGGCUCCUCAGGGUACCAUUGUGAUCUCGGGUAUCACGUUCGGUCCUAGUAAGAGCAGCGUCUUCACAAUCCUCCAGGGCGUUCAGAUCCCGAUCCCUAUUUCCAAGAUCCUCUCUCUUGUGCCUGCAACCCCUGGCACCAAUGCUACUUCGAUCCUGAACAAUCUAAGCCUUCAGAGCGCCGACAUCAAUAUGAAGAACCCACCGAGCAUCGGCGCUGAUAUUGCUAUUGCUCUACUCGGUUACCAGUUCGAUGCUCAGUUGUUGUUGUCGUACGUUAGCAUUAGCGCAUUCUUGGACACGACUCCCCUGGCCACGAUCUCUGUCCCUGGAAUCACUCUUUCGUCUGGCAACAAUCAAGUGUCGUUGAGCGUUCGCUCUCUGGUCAACCUUGCCAGCGGUGAUGCUAUUCAGACCAAGGUUGCAGCCAUCGCCGCACAGGUGAUGGGCAACGGUGGUGCUCAGAACGCCAAUCUCGUCGUCUCUAAUAUUGCAUUCGGAGGCAACGCUGGCAACGUCUUCCACAUCCUGGAUAAGGUCCAGGUAUCUGUCCCUCUUGCUCCUUACAUCCAGCAGCUGACGGGCAUUGUUGGCGGUAUCACUGGCGGUAACUCUACGAUCCCAGGCGGUGCCUCUGCUUUCAGCAUCAGCCAGCUCGACAUCAGUGCCACGGGACCUAACGAUCUCUCGGUCGCAGUUGGUGCUGCGAUUGGUGGUCUUGGGUCCAAGAUCUCGGUCGAGAUGCCCUACGUUGGACUCCAGAUCUCGGCCAGUGGCAAUGGUCUUGUUUACCCGACCAUCAACAACUUUCAGCUCCAGAAUGGAAAGGUCUCGCUUACCUUGGCGUUACCAUUCCAGCCCGCAGCCCGCAACAUUAUCGCUGGUCUCUCGACCCCUGUCAGUCAGCUCAUGUUCACGACUGUUGGCACGGUCCCUGGCUCAAUUGUGGCGAACAGCAUCAAGUUUGGCGCAUCAUCCAACCAGGCAUUUGACAUUGCUUCCAAGAUUGGUCUCGAGAUCCAGUUGAACUCGGUUUUCCAGGCGGCCCAGGCCUACAUUAAUGCCCACAACCCACUACAUAUUAAUGACAUGAACACGGUGCUGACAACCAGCGGUAUCCAGGCUACUUUGGCCCUGCCUGGAAUCCCAUUGGGGUCGAUACCACUUAAGAUGAAUUUCCCGAUCUCGCUCUCAGGUUACUAUCAAAGCAAGGCCUUUAUUGCUAUCCAAGUUACCGGUAUGUCCUUGACUCAGUCGCCUUGGUCCCUUGGCGCAGGCAUCACGGUCAUCCAGCCUGCAUUCGGCACGGCCAUGAACGGUAUUCUGCCUAAUGCCCUCGAAUGGAAGAACGCCCUCCAAGAUGUCACCCUCGGUGGCGUCACUUUGGGCGAAUUCACCGCUCUCCAGGGCUUGACGAUUACGCCGCCGGCGGUGACUUUGUGGUCACCGAUCACCGUCCCUCUGGGUCAGCUCAAGCCGCACUUAAUUCCUCUGGGUAUGGACUUUGCAGCGUCGUUCGUGAACCAGGGACCCCUGCAGGUGGACGUGGGCGCGAUUGACAUUAUGAUCAAGCAGGGUCCUAACACCAACGUUUUGGAGAUCCAGAACUUGGGCGGACCAAUCCAUCUGAACAACGGCAAGCAGAACGGCGGCAAUAAUCAAAUUGCACUGAACGCGUCGCUCAAGUUCAACUUCUUGCAGUUCUUCACGAUCAUUGCUGCGUUGCUGAACCCGAGCCAAAACUUCCAGUUUGUGUUUUCGAUGAAGACGUCGAGUGGACAGCCGAUGCCGUGGUUGCAGGAUGCGUUGAACAGCGUUCCUGCUACGCUCUUUAACAACCUGCUGCCAAUCCUGGCGCAUGCUCUCCAGAACGUCAAAUUUGGAAUUUAG